AUGCCAGAAAUAUUCCCGAAUAGAUACGUUCUAAUUGUACUUUUAACUAUCUUAGUAUUACUGCCAGCUUAUAUGUGCUCUUUCACAAUAUCAGAAAGUAUUUCUUCAUCAGAAAGUUUAAGUAGUCGUAGUUCUGAAGAAGAUAGUUCUUCUGGAAUUCAAUUUGGUUUUAAAGCAAAGCAUUAUUUACGCUCGGAACAUUGCUUUCCUGAAAGAGAAUCUACAACAGAUGAGAGACCCUUUUUUAAUGAAAUGCUCCAAAAACACGUAUAUAACCCGAACCCGAAUGAAAUGCAAAAUCCAUUCAUGCGCUAUUUUAGUCGCUGUGAUAAUUUAUCCCAAAUUGCCUCUGCUUUUAUGGGGUUCAAUUGCAUAAGCAGAGAAACAGCUGACUUUAUAGUGGGUUCUCUAGCACAUGACCACCCAGAUCUAUGGCUGCCCCCAACAGACGUACUUUCCUUGAGUGAGUUAAAAAAAAAGAUCUUCUUAACACUUAAUACUGCUAAGGAGCUUAAACUCGAGUUUGAGUCGAUAAAAUCUGUCUUUGAAAGUGUAUAUGCAUCUUUCUCGAAAGAUCUCAUAACAAAAAAUCUAAAGAGAUACAGUAAGGCCAUGGAGACACUCAAGAUGUACAGAAUUCUGGAGGCAAAGAAUAUGUAUAAGCUAAAACAUAUUUGGAAGCCGGAAAGUAAGGCAAAAGAAAAGAUGGAUUUAUUUGAGCAGUAUAAUCCAUAUAUGGAUAUGGCAGAAAGAAAGAAGUAUAUUCUUAAGAAUAGGAAUAUAUUCCAGCAUAGCAUUAGAUCAUUGUAUGUGGCUAAGUUAUUAGGCGUAGUUGCAUGCGAUGCCAUGAAAUUCAAUUUUAAAUCGAUCGUACGCUUUAAUCUAAGAGAACCAAAGGCAAGAAAAAACUUUACUCUAGACGAUUUGAAUGAUUUGUCUGAAUCCUUCACUAGCAUUAAUCCAUUCGAAUUUAACUACGAGAAUGUAAAGUCUCAUGAAGAUAAGCUUAAGCAGCUCUUGGAAAACUAUGUUGAAAUAAUAAACACGGAAGACAGUAAUUUCAGAGAUGAAUAUUACACCUUAGAAGAAGGAAUCCAAAAAGAUUUAAGAAUGCACGGCACAAUUCUGAGUACCACAGUGACUAGUAAGCACAUAAAACACAUAAAAUACAUUUUAAUUUCACUAACAGAAGUCAUAGACUCUAAUGCAUACAUCUUACAAAGAAUUAAUGAGGAUUCUAACUACGGUAUAAAAUUACUUCCAACAGCAAAAUUCCUAGAUAAUUCUAAAUAUGCAGCAUGGACCAUGGCAAACUAUAUAGCAGCCAUUAUACUUGCUAUAGUAUUCAGAAAUAACUUCUCAUAUGAGGUAACUGAGGUAACUUAUGUGCAAACCCCGCAAUACAACUAA